GAAGAACUUGAAGAGGGACACUUUGAUAAUCAGGACACUACCACUGGAGAAAGAAAAAGAAAUCCGAGAUGGUUGGCUGGAUAAUAUUGACUGGGUCAAGGUUAAAGGGAGACCUGAAGAUAAAUACAAAGUUCACAAAGAUGAUGAGAACAAAGGACUUGGUGAUGAAUCUAGCAGUGAUGAAGAUGAACCUGAGGACAAAUUUGAUUUGUUGCAGAAUUAUAAAGAAAUUAUACAGCACAUGAAGCCUAAAGAAACAAUUGCAAAGGCUUUACAAAGGCUAGGUGCUAGUUCUAAAGUCUCCAGUGUUGAGCGCUGGAAAAGGAAGAAAGCUGAGAAGAGUAAUCCUGAUAAGAAUGAAAGUGAUGGUGAGGAAGAUAAACAGAAAGAAGUAAAAUGGGAGUUUAAGUGGGACCAAAAGGAUGAAGAUGUAUCUGGUCCACAUUCUACUCAGCAAAUGCAGAAAUGGUCAGAAGAAGGUACUUUAAAAGUGGUGUUUGGGUUAGAGAAGCAUGGAGAGGACAGCCAGUUUUACACUUCUAACAGAAUAAUUUUGAACUGUACUUAUAAAUUUGUAGAAAUCAUAAUAAACACAAAGAGUUAUGAUUAG